AUGUCUUCACAAUCAACAACAACGGACUACAUAAAUUCAUUACAACUAACCUACAAGUAUCUCUUUCAAUAUCCUGGAUCAAUCAUGUUAGUUUUAGGUUUCGUUGGCUCUUCUCUCAGUUGCAUAGUGUUCAACAAAAAGAUUCUCCGUAAAAAUCCAUGUUCGAUCUAUAUGACAGCGUUUCAUAUUUCAAAUUUGACCCAGAUUGUUACACUCAUAUUAGCAUCUGUAUUAUCCAUUGGAUAUGGCAUGACGAUUGUUACACGCACGCUAGGCUUGUGUCGAUUUAAUUUGUAUACAGCUUUCGCUCUGGAUGUCCUUAGUCCAAGUUUAUUGAUUCUGGCUUCAAUCGAUCGCAUCCUAGUCACUUCACCAAAUGCGUUGACGAGACAACGAAGUACUUGUCGUCGUGCUUACAUCAGUAUUGUCUGUGUAACACUGUUGUGGUUGUUGUUUCACAGUCAUCCAUGGUUUCUCAUGUCCGUCAUCCAGCUGGCACCAGAUGUUUUUAUAUGUUAUACACAGUCGCCAAUAUAUUUGUCAGCUAUCAGCUACUACACAGUCAUUAAAAGCAUACUGAUUCCAUCGCUUUUGGCAAGUUUGGGCAUGUUAGCGAUCAAAAAUGUUCACCAACUAAGAUUCCGGCUAGUCGCUCCCGACGUACUAACGAUGGGAACGGGAAAAGGCCGUAGUAUACAAUCAUUUCAUGCGAGAGAUUAUCAAUUAGUUCGUAUUUUAUUGAUCGACAUCUGUGUAUAUGUCAUGUGCACAUAUCCUCAAACAGCGUUUAAUUUAUACCUUCAGAUUACUCAAUCGAAUAUGAAAAGUGCCGAUCAAAUCCAGGCGGAUACUUCAAUUCAAUAUAUAUGUUCAUUUUUCGGUUAUAUUCCAUACUGUGUUGGAUUCUAUACCAACUUAGUUGUCUCGAAAACAUUUCGAAAUGAAGUCAAACAUAUUUUUUUGUGUAAAUAG